GGGGGUGUUUCCAUCUGACUCCGAGGAACAGGGAGCGCGCACCGAAUCGCUGAGUGGGUCUCUCCGCCGGCGGGGGCGCAAGGCGGGGGCUUUCCAUUCGCGUCGCGUUUCUUUCUCGAAGGGCCCAGUUCGAAUUCGUUCUUCCCGCAGUUGAACCAGCUUCCGCAAUCUCAAUGACCCGAGCACGGAAUGUCGCUGUUGCGUCUGGUUUAGUAGCUUUUGCUGCUGCAGGCUUGGCAUUUCCAUUUUACAUGGCGUCAUCUCGAGCGAAUCCCGUGAUCGAUGCAUCAAAGCCGCUCCCACCUCAGGCAACUUUUCGAGGGCCUUACAUAAACACAGGUUCACGUGACAUUGGACCUGACCAUCAGACUUACCCGAAGAAGUGAGCUGCUGUGGCUUACGUUGGCUUGGUUUCUGAUCUGCACGUUCCUUUCUUCAAUGCUGCUACAUUCAAGUUGAAGAUCCAUCUCGAAGUAGCACCGCAUGCUGGCCAAAUUCACUGGGUUUGGAGCAAAAUAUUUGAUUUACAUCAUUUCGACAAAAUAUUUAGCAUUUGUUUUUCUCUUUAUAUGGAAACGUAAUCUGUAGCUUUCAUUGUUAUCUUCCUGUAAAGUUCAUUUGCUU